UCCCAUACAGGAAGCUGGGCUGCUAACCAGCUAGCUGUCAACAAAGGGGCUUAACUGCUUGAAAUCUAGCAAAUCCAUGUGGGAGUCGGCGGUUUUGCCGACUCUGAGCUCCAUCGUGUAAACUGCAUCUCACUACUCCGCCAGCUGAAUGUUGAACAUGGCGACAACUGCUCAGCUGUUCGAGGAGCCCUUUGACGCAGAUGAGUACAUUGAAAGGUUGGCAUGGAGGACUCCUGGAGGAGGCUCCAAAGGAGGAGCUGAAGCAUUUGACCCUAAACGGUUGUUGGAAGAGUUUGAGAACCACAUAGAGGAACUGAAGCAACUAGAUGAGAAGAUCCAACGGCGGGUGGAGAAACUUGAACAUCAGUGUCAUCGUGAGGCCAAGGAAUUUGCCCACAAAGUGCAGGACUUGCAGAGGAGCAACCAGGUGGCCUUUCAGCAUUUCCAGGAGCUUGAUGAGCAUAUCAGCUACGUGGCAACCAAGGUUUGUCACCUUGGCGACCAGCUGGAGGGGGUGAACACACCUCGGCAGAGGGCGGUGGAAGCUCAGCGUCUGAUGACCUACUUCAAUGAGUUCUUGGAUGGAGAUCUACGCAGUGAUGUCUUCAAUAACCCAGACAAGAUUAAGGAGGCUGCUGAUAUCAUUCAGAAGCUGCAUCUCAUUGCCCAGGAGCUGCCAUUUGACAGAUUUGCAGAUGUCAAAGCAAAAAUUGCAAGUAAGUACCAUGACCUGGAGCGGCAGUUAAUCCAGGAGUUCACUGCUGCCCAGCGCAGGGGUGAGAUUGGACGUAUGCGGGAGGUGGCAGCAGUUCUGUUACAUUUCAAGGGCUAUGCACACUGUGUGGACGUCUAUAUCAAGCAGUGUCAGGAAGGGGCCUACCUGAGGAAUGACGUGUUUGAGGACACGGCAGUCCUCUGUCAGAGGGUCAACAAACAAGUGGGCGAAGUCUUCAGCAGCCCAGAGACUGUCAUGGCCAAACUCAUCCAGAACAUCUUUGAAAACAAAUUACAGGCACAUGUAAGGGAAAAACUGGAUGAGACCCGACACUCUGAUGUGGAACAGUACCUCAAGAACCUCUAUGACCUUUACACCAGGACCACAGCGUUGGCCACCAAGCUGACAGAGUUCAACCUGGGCUCAGACAAGCACACCUUCCUGUCCAAGCUGAUAAAGAGCAUCUUCUCCUCCUACCUGGAGAGUUACAUUGACAUGGAGAGGGAAUACCUUCGCACUCGAGGCGCUAUGAUUCUACAGCGCUACUAUGAUUCCAAGAACCACCAGAAACGUCCAAUUGGCACUGGCAGUAUCCAAGAGCUGAAGGAGCGGAUCCGACAGCGCACCAACCUUCCCCUGGGCCCCAUCAUUGACACCCAUGGGGAGACCUUUCUGUCCCCUGAGCUGGUUGUCAACCUGCUGCAGGAGACACGUCAUGCCUUUGAGAGAUGCCACAGGCUUUCAGAUCCUUCUGACCUGCCCAAGAAUGCCUUCUCAAUCUUCCUGCUGCUGGUUGAACAUCUGUGUGUGGAGCACAUUGACUAUGCUUUGGAGAUUGGCCUUUCAGCAAUUCCCUCAUCAGAUGCCAAGAAUGCCAACCUGUACUUCCUGGAUGUGGUUCAGCAGGCAAACUCUAUCUUUCACUUGUUUGACAAGCAGUUCAAUGACCAACUCAUGCCUCUUAUAAGCUCAUCCCCAAAGUUAGCAGAGUGCUUGCACAAGAAGAAAGAGGUGAUUGAACAGAUGGAAGUGAAACUGGACACAGGAAUCGACAGAACACUAAACUGCAUGGUGGGGCAAAUGAAGCACAUCUUGGCAACAGAGCAGAAGAAGACUGAUUUCAGGCCUGAGGACGAGAACAACGUCAUGAUCCAGUACACUACAGCUUGCUCCAAGGUUUGUGCCUACGUCAGUCGGCAGGUGGAGCAUGUUCGGAAGUCCAUGGAUGGGAAAAAUGUGGAUACAGUGCUGACUGAGUUGGGCGUUCGUUUCCACCGACUCAUCCACGAGCACCUACAGCAGUACAGCUACAGCUCAAUGGGAGGCAUGCUGGCCAUCUGCGACGUGGCUGAAUACCGACGAUGCGCCAAGGACUUCAGGGUCCCUCUCGUGCUGCAGCUCUUCGACACACUCCACGCCCUCUGUAACCUCCUGGUCGUUGCCCCUGACAACCUGAAGCAGGUUUGUUCAGGUGAGCAGCUCACCAAUCUGGACCGGAACCUCCUGCAUGCCUUCGUCCAGCUCAGAGUGGACUACCGUUCAGCCAGAUUGGGCCGACACUUCAGUUAAUGACUGAUUCAAUACCUGGCUGCCCUCCGUCCAGUAACGCAGUUCCCCCCCCUUCCCCUCUCCCUCCCAUGCCCAUGCUUUCAUAAGAUGAUGCACCUUGGAGAUGGCCACCCCUGCUUCAUUCAGAGAAUGCGUCUGUCUGUCCCCAGCAUACAGACUUUCCAGGGUUGCUUUGUACAUCAUGGACAUAAAGGCCACUGCUCUUUGAAUGUGGGAAAUGUGCAGUUUACCUUCUUUUUUUUUCUUCAUGUUGAUUUCUCCAAGCUGAAGAAGUUUAAAUGUGUAUUGACUUAAGAUUUAAUUUGUUUUUAAAUACUAAUCUAUCACCAGUAUACAUGGCUAAGAUUUCAGACAUAAGUAAAUGGACAACAUUGAUUUCUGUGCUUAUGUAAGGAAAAGAAAAACUUUUUUUGAUUGUGCCAAAUAUAUAUACAUUCUGUGGCUGCACAGGAAUAUACCCUAAAGCUGCUGUAAAGGGAGAUUGUCAACAAUCACACUGUAAAGUUAGACAUCAGGCCUGCAGUAGCACUGUAUUGGGAACAGCUAUCCCUUUGUAAUGAACUGUAGAGGACUCAACAGAGACAGCCCGACCAAGCAUGAGAUAGAGCUCUGUCUGGAUAAGAGAGACACAUGACCACCUCUCUAACCUUUGACCUCUGACCACAAAGUAGAGGUCAAGAGGCCAUCGCAGAGAAGUGUGAUCUGAACUAUAAACAGGUCUGAGAACCUCUCUGGAGAUUUGGGUGGUCCCUCUUAGGCUCAGAUGAUUGGUGUAAUGGGUCAGUGAAUAUGUGUCACUGUAAUUGCACAGAUCAACACUUGCUCAUCCAGCGACACACACAGUCCAAAGACAUUGUUGGCUGGAUCUGCUGUGUUUCUGGGUCAGGGGACAUUGAAAUGUUGACCUCUGCUGAUUAAGGAAACAAACUAGCGGGGACUUCUUCACACAGGGCUUAUUGGAAGUUCACAGUCACUGUCUUCUCCUCUUAAGACAAAAGACGGAUCUUGUUCCCGAUGCCUGAAAAUGUCUGCUACGCAAAGCUGCUCCCACUGUACUGCUGUUGUGACUCAUUAAAAAGAUGUUGCAUUUUA